AUGGGCUGUAACAUGUGUGUGGUCAAACGUCCGGAGGAGCAGUACAAGAUCAUGUUCCAGGUAAGAGGUCAGAUCUGACAACUCCUCGACUUUUUAAUCUGAUAUUAAAAAUAAACUUUAAGAGGGUUUCAGUUUCUGUUAUCAGGACAUAAAACAUCAGGUGUCUCCCACCUGUCCUCUAAGAACAGCUCUGAUUGGCUGAUGAUAGUUUCACCAGGUAAAAGUCGACAUGAAGAAACAGUCUGUUCGAUUUUUAGAAACAUGAAGAGACAAAAACGAGAAGAUGAGGAAGAUGACGACUUUGUUGAAGAGGAUAGGGAAGUGUGUGUGUGUGUGUGUGUGUGUGUGUGUGUGUGUGUGUGUGUGUGUGUGUGUGUGUGUGUGUGUGUGUGUGUGUGUGUGUGUGUGUGGACUGCACAGGGAACCACAGCACCAUAAAUCACAGCAGGUUGGUCUAAUAACUCGGUAAAGGUCAGGAUGUCGUUCUGCUGAGUGGGGCUGAAACCUGCUCACACUCCUCCUCCUCCUUCGUGGAGACGACUGUGAUUAUGUUUGUGCACGUGUGUGUGUGUGUGUGUGUGCGUGGCUGCUCAUGCUCCAACGUUCUUAUUUGCAUCAGUUGCCAUUUCAACAACAGCUGCUUUAUUGCUUGUGAAACAUUCGGAUCUUCAGGCUGUUUAUAAACGUUCCUGUUUGUUCAUCGAUGAUUUUCUGGAUUUAAUCGACUUUAAAAACCUCCUGAUCAGGUUUUCAGAACAGAACAGUGAGGACAGGAACCACAUGCUCAGGUUUGACUUCCGUCCACCCGGGCCUCGGCUCGGCGUCCCCCCGGUGUGGCUCUUUGUUUCAGAGUAAAAAGGACUUCUUUCAUGAUGACUUGGCCGUGCUCGCAGCUCGAAACGCUGUUUGGUUUUGGUCAAAUCUCUAAAGAGCGGGCCGAGCCAGAACCAGACAGAAAGGGUUGGCUCGGCUUCGUACAGCAUGAGAACAAAACAGCAGAACGACAAAAGCAGAGAGAAGAAACAGGACAGUAGAGACGUCCACGGAGCUGAACCUCCAGAAAUACGCUAGAAACCCACCGAGCAGCAGCAGAGCGGUCCUCUGAGCUGCUGUGAGAGGAGGUUUCUGUGACCAGAACAAAGAGUGGAUGUUAAACAGGCUAAUACUGCUCAGAGCUCAGGAAGCUCUCUGUAUAAAUCAUGUUACUGAGUCAUAAAUUUUCAUGGGCUCUGAAGCUGAGCGUCAUUUUUCUGACAACAGGAUGAAACUGCUGGAGCAGAUCUGUGCGUGAAAAUGUGUCAGGAAGCAUCGGGGGAACGGGGGAAAGUACGAUGUUUAUGGAGGAGCUGCAGGCCUGAGCUUCACUGAACUAAGACAGAAACCGAUCCGGUCUCAGAGCGAUUCAGUUCACGUCGUUCACUCAGCAGUUCUUCUAAACGAAACCUUCAUGAACGACACAAACACUAGUAUCUGAAAAAUGUACCUGUCUGUGUCCCUAAAUCCUUCACAGAAGCUCAGAUGAUAGAGAACAUAAUUCACCUGUCACUGAAAUCUGACCGAACCUUUCUGAGGUGACAAACCUGAUAACUGAAAAUGACAGUGAGGAUAAAAAUGCUUUAAACUGAAGUUAAAUAUCCUUUUAACAGUUUUAAUGGAAUAAUGAACGGACAGGAGUCUACAGUGAAAACUACGACUGUGUUAAUACUCGAUAACCUCUGAGGUGUCUGCAGGAUCAACUCUGCUCCCAGUAGGUUAGUAUCCAUCCAGAUCCAGUAUAGAUCCAUGUCUUUAUGGUUUCCAUCCCGGCCAAUCAGAGCGAGCGGGGGGGGAGCUGUGAGGUUUACAGGCUGGACCUGUGCAGCUUUACAGCUUUUGACCUCCAAAUUUAGACUGUAUUACACACAAACACACACACACACACACUCACACACACAUACACACACACACACAUACACAUACACUCACACACACAUACACACACACAGACACACACACACACACACACAGACACACAAACAUGCAUCCUCCUCUUGGGAUUCUGUUCCCCCAUUUUCGCUCCUGAUUGUUCAACAUCAUUAUCAUCCUCACUAGGUCACCUUUGGAGUAACACACACACACACACACACACACACACACACACACACACACACACACACACACACACACACAUCACUGGGAUAGUCAUUCAUUAAAUAGCUGUUGUGUCCUGAUUGAUCUGAGCUCUCAGUGACUAACAAAGAUCCUGUUCCUCCAACAUUUUAUUCCUGCUGUUUAGUUUUGAUUUUUUUUUUAAAGCUAAUUCUUAGUCUCCACCUUCAUCCUGAUCGUCUCCUAAAAGGUCGUAUCCUCCGAUCGUAGCUGAUCGUAACCAUUCAAGUUAACGUGUCAAUUUACACCGACUUCUUUCCGUUCCUCUGCGGAUCGCCGGACUCCUCAGCUGAUCACAAGAGUUCUAUUUUUUCUGGACGCCGGAGCAUGGCGGAUAAAUUCAGCACAGAUUAACCCGUGCUGGAAAGGAAGUCGGGCACAGACACAAAAUAAAACAUCCGGCUUCUUUUCAAAAUAAAACACUCCGUGUUUCAGGAGGAUCGUAUUUCACACCAUGCAAACGGGCGGAGACGAACAAGUGAAAGGUUUUUAGACGUCAUUUCACCCCGAUGACACCAUGGAUGAGGAGAUGCUGAUUCUAGAAGUCUAGAAGUAGAUUUCCUCCUCUGGAAGGACACAAUCUACUGCUUAUAUGUCUAUGUGUCUGUCUUUAGAGAGACAACUCGUUAUCGCGUGAUUGAACGUGAAUCUGCGGGUUCUUGUGAGUUCUCGUGAUUACUGCUGUCUGUAAUCCACCACGAAGUUCUCCUCACAAACAGAUCUGGUAGGAAUUGGCGAACAGUAGAAAUCUUGGGUGGGUCAACAUGCAGCUCUCAUCCUGGGGUGUCUAAGCUAAGAGCUCUGCAGGUAAAGUUAGCGGUCAGAGUUUAACUACCAAGUCAGAGGAGUUUAAUCAUUCAUGUUCUGGGUUUGGUCGAAAACCAGACCGGCUCCUCCAGUUUGGAUUAUCUGCAGAGGUUCAGCUGCUCACACCAGGAGGUCCACCAGUGAGGAGUUUCAGAAGUUAACGUGAGCUCCAGACUCGGUCAGGUCUCAAAAAAGGGACUGAGCAGCGACCCCUGAGGAACUCUGUCUCUCACACACACACACACACACACACACACACACACACACACACACACACACACACACACACACACACACACACGCACGCACGCACACACACACACACACACACACACACACACACAGAUGGCAUCCUCUCCCACAGCAACACUUAAACAGAUAUGUCAUCAGUCUGCCAAACUGUCCUACAUAUUCACACUCGCGCACACACACACACACACUCAUACACACACACACACUUAUAAUGCCCCUGUCACCUUGGCUUGGUAUGCGAGGAUGUCACUGUCAGAGAGAAAGCGCGUGUGUGUGUGUGUGCAUGUGUGAUUAAUGAGGUCUAUAAUGGAUUCUGAUAGUUGAAGGGAAGAUGAUAAGCAUGCACACACACACACACACACACACACACACACACGGAGGAUCAUUCAAUCUGAAAGUGAAGCUAAUUCUAACUCUGUUGAUCAACAGAAAGAGGCGACGAAACUCUGAAGUGAUUUUUUAGUUUUUUUUACAUGUUUUAAUUCGUGCAGAAACUUCAGAUUUAACUGUAAACGUGUUUAAACCUGAAGUUAAAUAAAGGACGGUGACUCGGGGGUCUGGCUGGAGCUCAAACAGUCUCUGAACGAUGACCCACUGAACACCACCUGCUCUCUCUGUACAGACCCACUACAGCCCUCCAUAUGUCCGUCCCUCUUCAUCCAGACUCUGUCCUGUCUGCCCUCUGGUAAAAAACUCUGUGAGAGGUCUGAGUGAGCGUAGGUGUGAACACGGCAGGUAAACAGAGAGUGAACUCUACAGUGAGACGCACAGUAAUGAACUCUUAACAUCUCCUCCCUCUGAGUCUUUAGUGCUGUUUAAUAAGGGUGAGAGAGUAAAAAACGAUUCACAUAAGUAUCACGAUAUUUUGUUUUACAGUUUUCAAUAGUUUUCUCUGUUAAAAAAAAACAUUUUUUUUAUUUUUUUGUUCAAAUUUUUUAGUUAAAAAAACGAUUUUUAGUUUCAAUUUUUUGGUCACAAAAAUCGAUUUUUCAGUUAAAAAAAAUUUGGUUUAAAAUAUAGAUUUUUUUUGUUCAAAUUUUUUUUGUUCAAAAAUUUUUGGUUAAAAAUCGAUUUUUUAUUUAAAAAUUUUUGUCUUAAAAAACGAUUUUUUUCUGUGAUAUUUUUGUUAAAAAAAAAACGUUUUUUAACAAAAAACGUUUUGUUUAAAAACUAUUUUUUGGUAAAAAUUAAAAACGAGUUUUUUCUUCAAAUAUUUUAUUUUUUUAAAUUUUAGAAAAAAACUAAAAAACUGACUGAUAUGUAUUUUUUGAGGAACCGCAAUUUAAAUUGAUUCGGCAUCUAAAAAAUGGUAGAAGAAUCUAAUCGGGAGAAAAGCGUAUUGUCCCAGCCCGACUGUUAUUACAGGUUUAACGUUAUGACACAUUUCUAAUGCAGUGAUUUCCACCUCAGAGUCCCGUCUGUUUUGCUGAAAUCUGAAGGUCUUCCCUGAAAAAGUCUUUGUCUGGAUGUCAGUAGAUGUUUCUCCUAAACCUGUAGAUAUAGAUCAGCAUUAAUGAAGCCGUCACAGAUGUAGAAGGUCCCCAUGACAUGGAUCCAGGAGGUCCUGAACCAGAGCAGAGGACACAACACAUCCUCUUCCUCUCUAAUGUUUUUAUCAGUAAACUCUGCUGGUGUGUGUGUGUGUGUGUGUGUGUGUGUGUGUGUGUGUGUGUGUGUGUGUGUGUGUGUGUGUGGUUUGUCCCACGCUGGUUCAGAGCAUUUGAACGCCUCUCUGCUGGCUGGACGCUCCGUCUGUCAGAGUCGAGCUAAACGGCUGCUGGACGAAAAAAACCUCAACAUCUGAAACCCGAAUCAAAACGUCAGGAACCACAGCGAGCAAAUCACAGAGCAGUGUGUGUGAGCGUGUGUGUGUGUGAGCAUGUGUGUGUGUUCCUCAGGGCUCACUGCAGCUGUACAACUGUGUGUGUCUGUGUGUGUGUGUGUGUGUGUUGAAUCUGACAGGUGUAGAGGCUUAUUUCAUUUCAUUCGAUUUCCUCGCUGCUCGGGCCUGUUUGGACACACACACAGACACACACACACACACACACACACACACAGACACACACACACACACACACACACACACACACACACACACACACACACACACACAAUAAUACCCCCCAGUUCCUCCUCUCUUUUCUUUCUCGUCUGUUUUUAACCACAAUCUUCCCUCUUUUAUUUUUCAUCUCUAUUGUUAUUGUCUCCUCCUCUCCUUCUCUCCUCGUCUCCUCCUCCCCUCCCCCUCUGAUCUACUGUAUCUCUGACUCCUCUUAUUAACACUCUCUCUCCUCCCUCCCUGUAUCUCCUUUGUUUCUCUUCUCCUCCUCUUUCAUCCUUUCUUUUGUGCAGGUGUUUCUGUUAAAGAUCAUUUUUAAAAACCUUUUUUUUCUGAAACUUUGAGCCUCAUGAAAAAGUUCCUGAGAUAUUAUUAAAUAAAAUAAAAUAAUCUGUAUAAAUUUUGGAGUUUAGGAUCAGAUAUGAAUAAAUCAGUACAGGUCUGAUCAGGUGGUUUUCACAGAUACAUCUCAGUCAGGACGAACAGCUGACUGUCAGCUGAUCCAGGUGAUCCUGAGUGUUUUCAGUUUAAGACGUUAGUAAAGAUCUGAGAUUUGGAACCAUCCUGGUCCUGAUCAGGUUUUUAACCCCUCCUCAAAAAGAUCAGACUGACCUCCUCCUCCUCCUCCUCUUCAUCUCUUUUAUCUAAAAACACAGAUCUAUAGAUCUCCUUUUACAGAAGUCUGUUUUUUAUCGUCUAGAUUCUGAUUUUUGAUUCUAUUUUUGCUUUUUUAUUAUAUUUUUAAAGAUAUAUAUUUUCCUUCUAUUCCCUCCAUUCUGUCUCUCUGUCUGUUCAUCCUCUCUCUCUCUCUCUCUCUGUUGUCAUCCUCUCUCUCUCUCUCUCUCUGUCUGUUCAUCCUCUCUCUCUCUCUCUCUGUUGUCAUCCUCUCUCUCUCUCUCUCGCUCUGUCUGUUCAUCCUCUCUCUCUCUCUCUCUGUUGUCAUCCUCUCUCUCUCUCUCUCUCUCUCUCUCUCUUUCCUUUUGUCCCCCCCCCUCCCCCUCUCUUCUCUCCCUCUCUCUCUCUCUCCCUCUCUCUCCCCCCCUCUCUCUCUCUCUCUCUCUCUCUCUCUCUCUCUCUCCGUCACCUCUUCUCCUCGUUCGGCUGUCAGAUUUGUCUCAAUGGAUGCUGUUGCCGCGGUAACCGGGGUCAUUAGGGAGGCUGUAUUUAUGCUUUCUCAUACUGGAGCCGGCAGAUCUGCUGUAACGAGCGCACACACACACACACACACACACACACACACACACACACACACACACACACACACACACACACACACAGAAACCCCUCCCGGCUGGAUCUGUAAACUCUGUCUUUGCAGAAAAGAGAGAGAGAGAGAGAGAGAGAGCGGGCGAGAGACACCGAGACUCAGACAGAGUUCAAAUAAACCCAAACUGAUCUGAACCAACUCUUCAACCAGAACCAACACCAGACCUCAGACUGAAGGAGGGUUCUGAAGAGGUUCUAGUUCACUCUGAGUCUGACCUCGAGUUUCAUUUAUCAUCCGAGUGUCCGAACAGAUGAGUGUGUACGAACGUUCCCACGUAAAGUCUGACAUUUAUCAACCUGAACUUGUGCGUAAAUUUUAGCCCAACUCUGAGCACGCGUACACACAACCCCUAGUGGUCGAACAGUGAAACUACAACCAGAACCAUUAAAGGAGUCACAGCGUUCAGCAAUCUCAGACUACACUCAUGAUUUCUGUUGAUCAAUUAGUUAUUGAUCAGACAUUUGGAAUGAUUGAAUGACAGGACAACCUCAGAAGAAGUCUGACAAGUACAAAUACAAACAAAUAAAAGUACAAAUUACAACCCGUGUCGGAGCGAGAGACAAAACGCUCCAACGCCAUCAUCCCAGUGACCAUCCAGCUCCUGUCCACCCUAACCCGACAUUUCAGCCUGAGAUCGGAGACAAAGACGACAUUUCACAGACAACGCUAACAGAAUCAUGUCGGCAGAGUUAAUCAAUAAUUUCUCUGACCUCGACUUACAUCCAGUUCUCAUACACACGUCAGCAACACGCCAAAAUAAAACGAUCGGAGCCACAGAUUUGACCACAUCGUAAUAAAAGCAUCUAUACACGAUAAAUUCAGUUUAAUCAACAGGAAAGGAUUUCAAUCAAUCAAUGAUCAAUAAUCUGAGACGAUCAUAUGGAUCUGUUAAACGUUGGAGGAACGCACAACUGUGAGUGUGCACCUCCAUGAUCUCAGCGAGGGGUAAAAAAAAUCCAUUCAGGUAUCUUUAAAGGGAUUGUUGAUACCAUAUAUGGUCAGUUGGAGGCGUGUCUGAAUGUCAAUGACCCUAACCAUGAACGAGCACGCCAGGAAAGAACAGGCGGGAUUUAUCAUCAACGAUCACUGACUCGUGUUCGUACGACCGUGUCCACGUGUUUGUUUGUUCUUCCCAACAUUUGACAUUUUAUUCCUACGACAGAAUUUAGAACCUUUUCUACACACGGUUGAUAAACACACUUUUACUCCUUGGCUUUUGAUACUUUUUAGUGUUACUUUGUUUUUUAUCAUUUUAGCACCUGCCGUGAGCCGGCUUAUUUAUUUUACUUAUUUAUCCCCUUGCAUUAAUGUAUUUCUGCUCACUUUAUCUUGCUCUUUGUGUUAUUUGUUUUAUGUAUCAUUGUACAGCACUUUGACUACCCUUGUGGUUAUUUUAAAAUGUGCUAUAGAAAUAAAGUUGAUUGAUUGAUUGAUUGAUUGAUAAACGAGGACCGGGCUCACAAGGACACUCACACCUCCUCCUCCUCCUCCUCCUCCUCCUUUAUUAAAAUCCAAAUCAUCACCUCCUCUAACAGAAACCGUUAUUAAACGUCUACUAACGCAAAGCUGCCCACCUUCCUCGGUCUAGUUUUGACCUUCGACCCCGGCUCUGAGCCACAGAGAGCGAAGCCUGAUGAGCCGCAGAAGAGAGAAAACUCGAUUAGAAUAAUCCCGCACAGCGUUGGUUCGAGCCGCCGUCUUUAAGGACUCGUUUUAUCUCCAUCGUCAAAAGUCCAUUAGCGUUGACGAGCUGCGGGCUCAUUAGGCCGUCAGCAGGAACGCCCCAGAGACACGACCGCCUCCUUCGUAUUCAGCCGCCGCUCUGAUCCGAACACCAGGUGGUCACAUGUUGCUACAAACCCCAUGAUGCACUGCUGCAGCAGCAUCCACAGCAGGUGAGCGCAGGGCUGACAUCUAACCUCCUCCACAAACAUUAUGCAGACGAGAACUCCCAUGAUCCCCUGCUGCUCUGCAACAUCAACAAAAUACAGAGACGUUUGGUUCGGUCGAGUCUCUGCAGCAGAAACAGAAACACAAAACUUUUCAUUUUCAGCUGCAGGAACUCGUCCAACGUUUGGAUGUUUCUAUAAAGAGGAGGAGAGCAGGAUCUCAGACCAAACCUCAGCAUGAAAACGAGCGUUUUAAGCUGCAGUCACGCUCCAUUAUCUGGAACAGCCGCUCGGAUGAUCUGAUAGCAGCAGGAGGGGAAUGAUAUCAUAGAUCAGCGUUGUGUUUGUUGUGCUGCUCUGAAUCUUAAACACACACACGGCGGAGGUAAUCUGUGUGUUAGUAUUCUGAUUUGAUCACACUCGCCUCAUAAAGAGAGCGUGGAAACACAAACCGCACGGGUAAUACCUGUGGAACAGGCUGAACGAGGCAAAGACGGAGACGGAGCGCCGAGUCUCUUUAUGACUUUAUAACAAAGUCAGAAAAAUGUCCAUCAGUCAGACGAGGAUCUGCUGCAUGAAUACAGAGUGAAUCAAAGUGAUGAAUCCUGUAAUAACAGCAGUGAGACGUGUGUGUGUGUGUGUGUGUGUGUGUGUGUGUGUGUGUGUGUGUGUGUGUGUGUGUGUGUGUGUGUGAGGAGUUACAUCAUAAACACAUGAGUGAGAAAAACAGGUGGAAUAAUGUGGCAGCAGCAGCAGAGAGACGAUCAUCUACGUUUAAAUCAUUUACACGUCUGUGAGAUUUCAUCCUGUUUUCAUAGGAAACAGUGAUCGGAGUUAUAGAUGACAGGGUGGAUGUGAGGGCGGUGAGAGGCUGAAUGACGGACAGGCUGAGACGUCAGGAGCAUAAAUCUUCAGUUCUCCAACGACACAGACGUGGAUUUUCUUUUCUUUGUUCAGACUCAUUUGUUUUUGAUAUUAGAGGAGAAAAAACUCGUGUUUGUCGAAAUCACCUCCAGCUGAUUGUAAUAAUACUCUAAACGUCGUGUCUGAUUGGAGCGCGUUGGCUCAGGCCCAUUCUUAGUCAGGGUUUGAUUUAACGAGGUUUAACUCCUCCUGUUUCCCAUAAAAUCAAUCAAGGCUGAAACAUACAGGAUCUGUGGAUUUGGAGCAGCGUCGCGUAUCUCACAGUAAAUAGAUUUCCAUUCUAAUCGAAGCAGCAAGGAUGGUAGGGGAAGGUCCCGCCCUUCUUUGCCUCUGAUUGGCUAGAAGUGCUGGGCUCGGAUUAUUCCUAAUGGCUGUGAAACGUCAUCAUCUGUCAGGUUGGAAGAUUCAGGAGUGCGACGAUGUUCUGUUCGAUGUACCGAGCUGACAGCCCGCGUUUGACGUUUCUAGCUUUUCUAACCAAUCAGAGGCGAAGGAGGCGGGACUUUCCCCUACCCUCCUACAAAACUCAGUUCAUCCAACUCAAAUCAUUCACCUCACAGCCCUCCCCUGUCACUUCAGGUGUGCCCCAGGGUUCUGUCCUGGGGCCCCUCCUCUUCAUUAUCUAUCUCCUCCCCCUCGGCAGCAUCUUUCACA